UCUAAGCUGUACAACAUCCAAUUUGUGCAAGCAAUUGAAUAGUUGACCAAGUUAACUACACGAUCAAAGAAGCAAAAGGCAACUUAUAUAAGCAACAAAGCUUCAUCUUCAUCGUCAUCAUUCUUAUACUGGAAGGAAAAAGAAGAAGCUUUAUGAAUGGAGUUUGAAGAUUUGGCAGAAGGAUGCAUUGCAAAGAUACUGUCACAAACAUCUCCUGUGGAUGCAUGCAAGCUCUCUUUAGUUUCCAGAACCUUCUGUUCUGCAGCUGAAUCUGAUUUUGUGUGGUCUUCUUUUCUCCUCAAUUUCACCUCUCUCAUUCCUCCUUCUUCCCUUCCAUCCUCUAGUUCUAAAAAGGCUCUCUAUUUCAAUCUCUGCAACCACCCCACCAUCAUUGAUCAGGGCAAAAAGAGUGUUCAGUUGGACAAAAGGACAGGGAAGAACUGUUACAUGUUUUCUGCUAGAAAUCUGGACAUUGAAUGGGGUGAUGAUGGUCACCAUUGGGAGUGGACAAGCCUGCCAGAGUCCAGGUUCGAAGUGGUUGCUGUGCUUCGUGCUGUGUGCUGGUUUGACAUCAGUGGGAAGAUAAGCACAGUUUCUCUGUCAUCAGAGACUCAUUAUGCAGUGUUUCUUGUGUUCAAGAUGAUGAAUGCAAGUGGGUUUCACUACCAUCCCACAGUGAUUUCAGUUGGUGUUUGUGGAGGAAGUAGCAACAGCAAAUACGUUUGUUUGGAUCUGAAUUUGAAAGAAAAUAGGUUGAGAGAACUAGCUUGUCCUAAAGUGAGAAGUGAUGGGUGGUUGGAGAUUGAGAUGGGAGAGUUCUUCAAUUCAGGUCUGAAAGAAGAGCAAGUGAAUGUGAAAAUUAUGGAGACAACAAGCCAUAUUUGGAAGUGUGGUUUUGUUCUUGAAGGAAUAGAAAUUAGGCCUAAACAUGUCUGAUAUGUGAAGGCUGAAAACAUAAAAAGAAUGCAGAAUUCUCAGUUUAUUUUGAUAUC